UAAAUACACCUAACUUGGCAUUUAACUUGCAAUUAGAGAGCUUGAAGCUUAUUUUCUAUCAAAUGGAGUCGGGUAUUCCGAUACAAAGAGGAGAAGAGCAGUCAAAAAUCAUCAAAGCAUGGAAGGAACUAAAAAUAACAAAGGUCAAUAACAAGACUCAGAAGAGGCUCCUAGACAUUUCAGGAUGGGAGAAAAAGGAAACAACCAAGAUCGACUCUGAACUCGCUAGAAUUCAGCGGAAGAUGGACAUUAAGAAGAUGGAGAAAUCAGAGAAACUAAGGAGCAAAAAAGCGGCAGUUCAUGCAAAGGCACAAGAGAAGAAGGCACAUGUUCAAACAAGACGUGCUCGAGAGAUCCUUGAUGCCGAAGAAGAAGCUGCUAGGUUUCAGGCCACGGGACAGAUACCCAAGAAGUCAUCUUUAAGCUGCUUCUGAGAUCAGCAGUAACCUGCGAAAGAGAGAUUUUCACCCAUCUCCUUUCUCCUCUGUUCAUACUUGUAUUUUUCAUAUGUUGUGUGUUUUGCUUGUGUUGAUCAUGAAACGAGAGUGUUAAGUUCAUUGUCCGUAGUCAAAAAUCCUGAACUAA